UUCUCUUCACAUCUCGUCGUACUUCACAUCUCUUCCAACGCAUACCUAUCCUCACCGCGCGACUCCACCACCACCAUAACCACCACCACCACCUUCCUCACCGCGCGGCUCCACCACCACCAUCUGAAGGAGAGUUUCCCCACCGUCGUCUUUCCUACCUUCGCGCGACUCCAUCUGUUUCACACAAUCGAUUUGUGAAGCUAGACUACUAAAGAGACUUAAUUACCCAGGAGCGACUGAAUUUGGGGUGGAUUUGUCUCAGGCCAACAUCUCAAUUCAACUUGAUGUUGGGAAGGGAGGAAAUAGUGGCUCAAAUGCUAUAGCACCCGUUGUAGAGGUGUAAACUUGGUGAAUGUCGUAUCCUCUUAUGUGAGCCAGGUUCCAAGCACAGGUUGCAGAAAUUGCAGUUGAAUUUUCCUAGGACCGUAGCUACCAUGGAUGAUCAUCGUGAUAAUGAAAUACAGGGAAUUGAUGGAGCUAGUCAUCCUACGGGGGAAUCACAAGGUACCAACACUAGUAAAAAGACCAAAUCCCGUGGUCCGUCAAAAGGAGUUCAAGCCAAAAAGCCUAUGCAUCUUCAGUAUAAUCAAUAUGGAAUCCCUGAUGGAGAAUGGUCAGGAGAAUACGGGAAGCAAGUUGGGUCUUGUGCUGCUAGAAUUAACAUUAAUGUGAAAGAAUAUUCAACGUUAGAUGAACACACAAAGAAGGGGUUUUGGGAGGAGACCAAGCUUCUGUUCCACAUUAUUGAUGAUCCGGCUAAAAGGAGAGAAAAAUAUUUUCAUAUGUGUGUGGCGAAACGCUUUGGAGCUUUCAAGUCCAGGUUAACGCGGCGUUGGAUAACUAAGAAAGAAAAAAUGCCGAAACAUCAGACAAAUGACAUGCCUUGGGACAUCUACCAUCAAAUCACAGAGGAUGAUUGGAAAACAUUUGUGAUAGAACGAAACAAGCCGGAGAUGUUGGUUCGUAGAGAAAAAGCAAGUAAAAGUGCAUUACAAAACAAGCACCCACAUCGCACAGGCCAAAAGGGUUAUGUUAGAAAGAGACCAGAGUGGAUAAAUGAUGGGCGACUACCGCCAGAGGCAGCUUUAACCCUCUCAAGUGGCUCCUCCUCAGUGACCUCAUCACUCACCACAGCGCCAGAUAGAUUUAAGAAGUUUAGAUCAGUAGAGUGGAUCUUGGCUCAUCAAGUUAAAAACAAAGAGGGAAAGUGGGAAGUUGACCCGAAUGAUAAAUAA